AUGAAAUCUUUGUGUGUCUUAUUCGUAGCCAUCGGGUUAGCCUCAGCCUUCAAAAUUGGUCUUCAUCCUCUCUCAGAUGAAUUCAUAGCAGAAAUUAACAGCAAACAAUCUACAUGGACAGCAGGAAGAAACUUCAAAGUAGAAGAUUACCCUUACGUAAAAGUCAUUAGUUCAGGUGUGAAAAAAUCCCAGGGAGCAUUGAAGCAAGUCAAAAAAGUAGUUCAUGAUGAAAAUCAAGAUAUUCCGGAAUCUUUCGAUGCUCGUGAAGCUUGGCCUGAGUGCGCUGACGUUAUUGGCUUGAUCAGGGAUCAGUCUAAAUGUGGAUCAUGCUGGGCUUUUGCUGCUGUAGAAUCCAUGUCAGACAGAAUCUGCAUCCAAUCCAAAGGUCAAAGAAAAACUUUAGUUUCUGCCCAAGACUUGACCACUUGUGCAGGAUUUAGAAUUGGAAACUGCGAUGGUGGUUAUCCUAGCGCAGCCUGGGACUUCUGGUACCAAACAGGAAUUGUCACUGGGGGACUGUUCAACAGAACUGAUCAAGGAUGUAAAGCGUACUCUUUGCCAGAAUGCGAUGACCAUCCAAACAAGUGCAUUGACUUCGUUAAAACUCCAGACUGCGUGGAACAGUGCGACGAUGCUACUUUGACCUACGCAAAGGAAAAAACCUACGGAUUAGAACCUUAUGAAAUAUAUGGAGAAAAACAGAUGCAACUUGAAAUUUUGAAAAACGGGCCUGUCGAAGGAACAAUGGAAAUUUUCACAGACUUCUCUAGUUAUAAAAGUGGAAUCUAUCAGGUUGUUUCGCAAGAAUCUCUAGGAGAACACGCUAUCAAGAUUCUAGGCUGGGGUGUUGAAAAUGGAGUCAAAUACUGGCUGGUUGCCAAUUCCUGGAACGAACGUUGGGGAGAAGCUGGAUACUUCAGAAUUCUCAGAGGAAAAAACGAAGCGGCCAUCGGGCUAGCCUCAGCCUUCAAAAUCGGUCUUCAUCCUCUCUCAGAUGAGUACAUAGCAGAAAUUAACAGCAAACAGUCCUCAUGGAGAGCAGGAAGGAACUUCGAAGUGGAUGAAUAUCCCUACGUAAAAGUCCUGGCAUCAGGUGUCAAAAAACCCAAUGGACUAUUGAAACAAGUCAAAAAAGUAGUCCAUGACGAAAAUGAAGACAUUCCAGAAUCCUUCGAUGCUCGUGAAGCUUGGCCUAAAUGCGCUGAUGUUAUUGGUAUGAUCAGAGAUCAGUCUAGAUGUGGGUCAUGCUGGGCCUUUGGGGCUGCAGAAUCCAUGUCGGAUAGAAUUUGUAUCCACUCAAACGGCGAGAAAAAAACUCUAGUUUCCGCCCAAGAUUUGCUGACUUGUGGUUCGGCUGGAGGUUGCGAUGGUGGUUAUCCUUCCUAUGCUUGGGAAUCCUGGUACGAGCAAGGGAUUGUCUCUGGAGGACUUUACAACCGAACUGAUCAAGGUUGUAAAUCAUACUUUCUGCCAACCUGUGAUGAUCAUCCAACCAAAUGCACCGACUACGUUGAUACUCCAGAAUGCGAAAAACAGUGCGACGAUUCUUCUUUGACCUACAAAGAUCAAAAAACGUACGGAUUAGAAAAUUAUGAAGUAACCGGAGAAAAACAAAUUCAACUUGAAAUUAUGAAAAACGGACCUGUUGAAGCAAGUAUGGAUGUUUACGAGGACUUCCUUAAUUACAAAAGUGGUGUCUACCAAGUUUACAGCGCUGACUACCUAGGAGGUCACGCAAUUAAAAUGCUAGGCUGGGGUGUAGAAAAUGGAGUCAAAUACUGGCUGAUGGCCAAUUCCUGGAACGAACGUUGGGGUGAAGCAGGAUAUUUCAAAAUCCUUAGAGGUGAAAAUGAAGCAGGAAUUGAAUAUGGAGUUGAUGCUGGACUACCCGAUUUUAGCAAGUUCUAA